GAAAAGAGAGGGAGAGAGAAAGAGAGCAAGACGUGAAACGAAUAGUGGGGGUUGGGAAAGUUGGUUGGGAACGAGAGAAAGAGCGAGAGAGAGAAACGAAAGGAGACAGAAUGAGAGGGUUGGAGAUGUAGAGAUGGAAAAUGGGAGGCCAAGGGGGGUAGCACCAGGAGGCCGAGGCUGCGGCGUAGCCUCAGUGCCGGCGCAGUGGCCGGGCCAUCGUGUCCUGCGCUCAGAUCUCGCGGAAAAUCUCAAAAGAUUUUCUCUCAUCUCCCAACACACACACACACACACUCACAUCCACAUUAAAAUUAUUUUCCACUCUUUCCAAAAAAAAAAAAUAAAAAAAAAAAUUUCCCAAAAUCACAAAUUAAAAAAUCCCUUUUUCUCUCCCCCACCUUUUUUCUCAAAAUCAUGGUGAAAAUCCCAAAAAUUCUUCGUCGUCAUCAUCAUAGAAAAUAAAUUGUGAAUUGCUCGUGGUGAUCAACAAGAGUUUCCCUGGGCUUUUGCUCUGGUGCGGGUGAACGAACCAUCUUCCUCUCUCACUCUCUCUCUCUCUUUCAGUCUCUAUUUCCCACUCGCGGAAUUGAGGUGCAUUAGUAAAAAAAGGCUUUUUUUGUGUGAAUUCAAAAUUUAGUGGUUUUUUCUAGAUCGCGACCACUUUACGAAAUAGUAAAAGAAAAAAAAAAUGAAAUAAUAAACUCAGUGGGUUUGUUUUCAAAAAAAGAAAAAUUGCGCAUAAAUAGAGAAUAACAUCAACACGGUGCAAUUGUAGGUGUAAAAAAAGAGAAACAGUGGAAGAAGACAAGAAACACGCGAGGUGGGAGCCAUGCCGCCCGGGCCAAUCUCUUCUCAAGCUUACAGGAUGAUCCUCGUGAUAACUCUCCAUCUUCGAACUCGGAAUCUAACACUUUGCCUUUCCUAAGGUGAGAAACUGUGGAUUGGAGGGCUGGAAUUCGGCCCCAGGAGUGGCCUGGGGGUUACCCUGGGGACCCGGAAAUUGAGGAAGUGGCUAGGAGAGGUGUCGAGAGGCGGAGGAGAACGCUAUGAACGCCAGCGUUAAUGUCGAGAGGAAUUCCUGGCGGCUACCUCCUGACGAGACCGUCCAGGUCGCCGAUCCACGAUCAAAAUCUGCUCAGGUAAAAGAGGAUCUCACGUAUGGCGAGAGUGGUCACAACUGGCGAAGUAUCAUAUUCUCCCUUUUGGUUAUUGGCAUGAUUAUCGCUGGCAUUGUUACAGCAAUCUACCUCCUUGGAUACGUCGAUGAACUUUUGUAUUGGAGCGGAAAGCGUUUGUCAUUGGAGGACUGUUUACGGGGAGAUCUGACACCACAUAGACUACCACCGACAUGGAUUUCUCACGACAAGUUCGUUUAUCAAGCAGACGAUGGUUCCCUCGCUUUACUGGACACUUCCAAUAACACAGUGUCACUUUUAGUCUCCAACCACACGCUGAGGCAGCUUAAUGUUCAAGGAUACCAGUGCAGUUCUGACUUGCGUUACGUGCUUUUUAAACACAAUGUUAAACCAGUAUUCCGGCACACCUUUACUGCUCAUUACACAGUGUACGAUGUCGCAAACGACCAUCACAUGCCACUUCGCCUUCACACUUUAUCGAAGCUCCAUCAGACACGUCUACAGCAUGCGACCUGGCUUGGGAACACGACAACCCUCCUAAUGAUAUCAGAGAAUGACAUUUAUCUGAGAAUAUCGCCAUCGGCAACGGAGGACGCUCGCUUGACAGACACUGGUGUACCAGGAGUUGUAUAUAAUGGCGUUCCCGAUUGGCUCUAUCAGGAGGAAGUUUUACCAAGACCCGAGGCAAUAUGGUCCAGUCCUGAUGGCUCACAUAUUCUCUUCGCCAGCUUCAAUGAUACCAAAGUCACUGAACUUGAAUUCCCAUGGUUUGGAACGCAAUUCGGACAAAAUGGAUUCGGUGGUAUACCAACGACGGCAACGAAACGUGGCACAUUCCCACCAUCGAGAACAAUAAGAUAUCCAACGCCAGGUUCACCAAAUCCCGAGGUCGAUCUUUGGAUUAUUGACAUUAAUAAUAACACCAAUUUUUCAAAUGUUACCAAUAUUGUGCAACCUAUUAAAAUGAGACUGAAACCACCUCCUGCAUUCGAUGGACAGGAAUAUUAUAUCAUCUCGGCUGGAUGGGUAGGAGAGGAUUCUUCCCAAGUUGCAGUGGUUUGGAUGACAAGGUCGCAGAACUUGUCUGUAGUAUCAGCCUGCCGAGCACCAAAUUGGGAGUGUGAGGAAACUCACACGGAAAGGGCUCCGGAAGGCCAGUGGCUGGACGCUCAACCGCAUCCCGUUUUCGCACCCGAUGGAGACAGUUUCCUGCUCCUGGCAGCUGUACAAGAGGGAAGCCAAGAACACUUCACUCACAUUAAACAUGUCACUCUAACCGAGAAGAGGAUAGCUGUUCUAUCUCAUGGCCGAUACGAGGUCACUGAAAUUCUCUCAUGGGACACCUCAUCACAUUUAGUUUAUUACUUAGGAACCAGGGAAAAUAAACCAGGUCAAAAACAUCUUUAUGUAGUGCGAGAUCCAAAAGCCGAUGAUUCGCGUCAUUCGGAGCCAUUGUGCAUCACUUGUGACCUUGGGGAGGCUCUCUGGAGUAGUCGAUUAUACUACACAAAUUGCACACACUUUGGUGCAUCAGUAAAUCCCCCAGUGGAAGAUAGUGGUCAAGGAUUUUAUGUCCUGCACUGUGAAGGUCCCGGUCUACCUCUUGCUGGUGUUCAUUCUGUAACAACUCACAAAAUGGUACGAGUCCUUUAUGAUACUAGAAUACAACGAGGGGACCGACUAUCACAACUUGCACUUCCAACGAGAAGAAGCUUUGAGAUAACAUUGCCCCAAGGAUGGAGCGCGCAAGUGCAACUAUUGUUGCCACCGUCUUGGAGAGAAGAGCUUCGAGACGCCGCAUUUCCUGUUCUGGUUGAGGUGAAUGGCCGACCCGGUAGUAAAGCGGUCACGGACAAGUUCAGCAUAGACUGGGGUACAUAUAUGUCGAGUCAUAAUGACGUGGUGUACGUCAGACUCGAUGUCCGUGGCGCGCGAGGACAUGAAAAACGAGCCCUCUUCCGAAAGCUCGGCGGUGUCGAAGUUCAAGAUCAAAUUACUGUACUUAGACAUCUUCUUGAGACUCUCAAGUAUUUAGAUGAAUCGAGAGUUGGAGUAUGGGGAUGGGGUUACGGUGGUUAUGUAACUGCAAUGAUGCUUGGCAGUCAGCAGGAGGUUUUUAAAUGUGGAGUCUCUGUCAAUCCAAUUGCCGAUUGGCUCUACUUCAACUCCGCUUUUACGGAACGCGUUUUAGGAGCACCAGCAGAGAAUUUUAAAGGCUAUGUGGAGGCUGAUUUGACGCAACGUGCCAGAUUGGUACCAAGUAAUAGCCUUUAUCUUCUUCACGGCUUAGCCGAUCUUACAGCGCCUUACACGCACGGCGUUGCCUUUGCCAAGGCCAUGUCUGAGGCAGGAGUGAUCUUCAGAUAUCAGAGUUACGCUGACGAAGAUCAUGCCCUGUCAGGUGUGCUCGAGCACGCCUAUCGUUCCAUGGAGGAUUUCCUAGCAACUUGCCUCGUUCUGGAUCCCUCCUAGUGCCUCAAAACCCAUUACUUCCUCGUUAUCGACGCCGCACAUUUUGCUUCUAAUAAAAUAUGAUCAAAUAAAAGAAAAAAAAAGAACUCCAACAAAAGCGUCGCCAAUAGGAACCGCCACGCGGAAGAAACGAUGGGAUGAAGAAUCGUGAUUUUAAUGAAUUGUCGACAUGAGAAACGUAUAAUAAUAAUAAUAUUAAUAAUAAAAAAUAAUAUUAAAAAUCGAACUUGCACCUUCCAAGUUUCUUCUAGAUUUAUUUGAUAAGUAAAAUUAAGGUCGUUUGUUGUUAAUGCAAAUCAAAUUGAUAAAGAAAAAGAGUGUGAAUGAAUUUAGAGAAAGAGAUGAAAAAAGAUUAAAAGAGAAAUAAAAACGAGAAUAACGUGUGUGUGCCUGCGAAAGAAAUUUGAAAAAAAUAUAUCUGAGGAUCACUUUAGUUGCGAAAAAAAAUUAAUUCUUACGAAAACAGAGUAAAACCAACAAAUAAUCGAAAAAAAA